CGUCGCAAGCGGUAAUAUUCGCAGUUGUGGUUUGUUCCCAUGUCUCACGAUUGUUUAUAACCUCUUCAAGCCCGGGCGGUGUUUUGAAAAUUUGUCGAUUAUUAUUAUAAUUAUUUUUAUUAUAAUUAAAAAGAAAAAAGGAAACUCUACGUUUGAAGCAUAAUGUCAAGUGAAAUAAGUACCAGCUUGCUGGUGAUCGUGCUGGACGUGAAUCCGGCUCAGAAGAUAGUAAAACAAGAAACUAAGAUACUUUCACAAUGUCUUGACUCCACAAUUGUCUUCGCCAAUGCUCAUCUCAUGCAAUCGUCUAACAAUGAAUUAGCAAUGAUGGCAUGUCACGGUCACAGCGCCAAGUUCCUUUAUCCAUGUGAAAAUGCAGCAGAAAUCAGACAGCUGGAUGGCCAGUAUGAGAGAUUUACAAUGGUAGAGCGUACAGUACGUCUGCAAUUGCAGCGGAUUAUCAAUGAAAUCUCCAUGGAUACUCCAUUAAACACUGAGAGUCUCAUUUCUGGCGCACUCAGCAUGGCAUUGUGUUAUAUUGCUCGGUUGGAACGCGACAAGGUUGCAGGCCAAAAAUUGCAUUCCAGAAUAUUGGUGAUUACUGCUAGCAACGACUCAGCUACGCAAUAUAUGAAUUACAUGAACAUAUUUUUCACAGCACAAAAAAUGAAUGUUAUUCUGGAUGUGUGUAGCUUGGACCAAGAACUGACACUUCUGCAGCAAGGCUGUGACGUUACAGGCGGCAAUUACUUGAAAGUACCGCAACUCGCCGGUUUGCUGCAGUAUUUAUUGUGGGUUUUCUUGCCUGAUCCGAGUGUUAGGACAAAGUUGGUUCUCCCACCACCAGUCAAAGUGGAUUAUAGAGCAGCUUGUUUUUGUCACCAGGAACUUAUUGACAUUGGAUAUGUCUGUUCCAUAUGUUUAUCGGUUUUUUGCAAGUUCAGUCCAAUAUGCACGACUUGUCACACGGUGUUCAAAAUGCCAGGACCCAUGCCAAUGAAGAUGAAGAAGAAGAAGAAAACUGUGGAUAUCGUCCAUUAGGUUUUUAUUGUAUUUUUCAUCAUAUUUUCAUAUUCGUGAUUACAUUGUUCAAAAUAAAAGGAAAAAAAAUGUUGAGUUGCA